GAUCACGAGCAAAUUGACAACAAGUCCAAAAUCGAGGAGCCGUGGUGCCCAGAUCGCGAGUUGUUUCUGAAGGAUUUCAACGCGGCGUGUCCACUUGAGAAAGAUGGACAACGUCCUUAUGUCAUAAUUAACAAGUCGCCAUACAAACCGAAAGGUGUAAAUAAUUUCGACAUGUCAGAAAUACAGUGGAGUUUUGUAAAUUUAGUUUUGCUUUGUCCCCAAAAGAUCGGAAUGCAUAAUGCGACCGAUGAAAACAUCGAGGCCUUUUGCCAUAUGUGGAGAUGUUACGGAUAUUUUCUCGGGAUGGAGGAUAAGUACAACUUUUGCCGCGGCAGUCUCGAGGAAAUAAAGCAGCGCACUCGGGAUGUUUGUCAAUAUUGGAUAUUGCCUAAUUUUAAGGAAGUUACGCCCGAAUGGGAACACAUGAUGAGAUGUUAAAUCGAAUCCCUGAAUUAUUAUCCCUUGUUAUACAUGCCUUUCAAAACGAUGGUAUUACUCGCUACGGAUACAUUAAAUAUAAGCAUGCCGCAUUUGUAUGCGUCAAUGAGUUACGCGGAAUGGAUUGCUUAUAAAAGC